AUGUCUAAGAAAGUACAAGUUAAACCAAAGGAUCUUAAAUGGAAAUCAGUCCAGGUCUCAGACACGUUAGACGAUUUUGGUGGGUUUUAUGGUCUAGAAGAAAUUGACGGUGUUGAUGUCAAGAUUAUUGAUGGUAAAGCCACUUUCUUCGCCACUGAAUCUAAAAAUAACGACGUUGAACAAGAACAACGUGAAUCAGAAGACCAGGAACUGAUUGAAUUCAAGAAUCUUGACGAUAUUGAAGAAGGUGAAUUAAGUGCUCUUUCAGAAUCCGACAGUGAUGACGAGGACGAUGAAAUUGAGGAUGAAGACAAUUUAAACGAUGAUGACGAUGAACUAACAGAAAACGUUUUCUCUGCAGAUCUCGAUCUACAAGAUGUCGUCUCACUUGUAGAACUUCCCGAAUGGACAAAAUUAGCUAAAUUUUCAAUGACUACUUUACAAGGUUUAGCCAAAUUAGGUUUUACUAAGCCGACAGAAAUUCAAGCAAAAACAAUCCCUUUGGGCCUUGGAAAUCACGAUAUUAUGGGUAAAGCAUCAACAGGUUCCGGUAAAACUUUAGCAUAUGGUAUUCCAAUGUUGGAAAACUUCGUUAAAUCUUUCAAAUCGAAAGAUAAUAAUCGUGCCAUUGGUUUAAUUUUUACUCCAACAAGAGAGUUGGCUCAGCAAGUUACUCAACAUUUAACGAAAGUAAGUGAACUGAUCCUAAAGGAGAAAAAUAAGUACGCUAUCUUAUCUUUAACUGGUGGUCUAUCCAUUCAGAAACAAGAAAGAUUGUUAAAAUACCAAGGAAGUGGUAAAAUCGUCAUAGCUACACCAGGUAGAUUCUUAGAACUGUUGGAGAAAAAUAACGAAUUGAUUGAAAGGUUCGGAAAGAUUGAUACUUUAGUCUUAGAUGAGGCUGAUAGAUUAUUACAGGAUGGUCAUUUUGAUGAAUUUGAAAAAAUUUUGAAGCUUUUAGGUAAUUACAGAAAGAAAUCAAGUAAAUCCCAUUGGCAAACAAUGAUCUUCUCCGCCACGUUCUCGACUGAUUUAUUCAAUAAACUGGCCUCAAAUCAUAAUCACAAUAAAAAUAAAAAUGAUGGUGAAAAUGAAAUGGAAACUGUCCUGAAGCAUCUAAUGACAAAGAUACAUUUUAAAUCAAAACCUGUUAUUGUUGAUACUAACCCAGAUGAAAAAGUGAGCUCACAAAUCAAGGAAUCAUUAAUAGAAUGUGCUCCAAUGGAACGUGACUUAUACGUCUAUUAUUUCCUCGCCAUGUAUCCAGGUACUACUUUAGUCUUUUGUAACGCUAUUGAAUCAGUGAAAAGAUUAAAUGCCUAUUUGAAUUUAUUAAACAUCUCAUCUUUCCAAAUUCAUUCAUCAAUGACUCAAAAGAACCGUUUGAAGAAUCUAGAAAAAUUUAAACAGCAAGCACAACAUAAUUCUGUCUUGAAUAAAGCAACUGUACUCAUUGCAAGUGAUGUUGCUGCAAGGGGUCUGGAUAUCCCGGGUAUCCAGCACGUCAUUCAUUACCAUCUACCUCGUACAGCAGAUGUUUAUAUUCACAGAUCAGGUAGAACGGCUCGUCACAAGAAUGAAGGUGUCUCUGUCAUGAUAUGUUCUCCACAAGAAUCCAUGAGUUCGUUAAGAAAGUUAAGGAAAGUCUUAUCUUCCAACGAAGCACAUCUGAAGAAAGGUAAAUUCAGAAGCAAGCAAAAAUGGCAAAAAACUGUCCCAUUGUUACCAAUCGAGAUAGAUAUUGUUUCUCAGUUAAGAGAACGUAGCAAAAUAGCUUCGGAAUUGGCUGAUCAUGACAUUGCAUCAAAAUCUCUAAGUAAAGACGAUAACUGGUUGAAGAAGGCUGCAGAGGAUCUAGGUAUUGAUGCAGACUCUGAUGAUGAAAAUAAGGAUACAUAUCUGGCUAAAAAUAAGACAAAGAAGAUAAACAAAACAAUGGCUAAGGAUCAAGCAAGAUAUUCUAAGGCCCACUUAAAUGAACUUUUAAGUAUUCCUUUGAGAAAGGACAUGAGAAAGAAAUAUUUAACCGGUGGGUUAGUUAACCUUGCUGAUAACUUGGUCAAGAAGAGAGGACACAACUCUAUUAUUGGUCAAGAAGAAAUUGGUGCGCUCGCUUUGUUAAAGAAUAAAAAGAAUGCCAAUAAGAGAACUAAGAAAUAA